AUGAUCUGAUAAACUAAGAAGGCCUUCUCUCUCGCCAAAUCCCACGACAACACUUCCAAAAUUGAACUCCCCCUCCCUCCCCUCUAAAAUGGGUACUCGCAAUCUUGCUCUCUUUCCCCUUUUUAUGGCGGUUCUCCUUUCCGUACACUCUAAGACCCACUGGGAAGACACCCAAGUUCUGAAACAGCUGAAGAACGCUUUGGACCCCACUUCCAUCUCCUCUGCUUCCUGUGUACAUUCUUGGGAUUUUUCUGUUGAUCCUUGUGAUAAUCUCUUCGGCCAGAAAUUCACUUGCGGUUUCCGGUGCGAUACCGUUGUUUCAGGAGCCAGCCGUGUGACCGAGCUCAACCUCGACCAGGCCGGUUACUCAGGCUCCAUUUCCUCUGUUUUCUGGAACCUUCCUUACUUGGAAACUCUUGAUUUGUCAACCAAUUUCUUUUCGGGUCCCAUUCCUGCCUCCUCCUUCUCCAAUUUGGCUCGGAUGCGCUUACUGAGUCUCUCUGAUAACUCGUUUUCCGGCGAGGUUCCGACGUCAAUCGGCUCACUCUCUGCUCUUGAGGAGCUGUAUUUAAAUGGGAAUGGGUUUAAUGGUUCUGUUCCGGCGAGUUUUGUGGGGCUUGUUAGUUUGAAGCGGUUGGAACUGCAGUCGAACGGGUUCACGGGUGCGUUUCCCGAUUUGUUGGAUUUGAAGAAUUUGUAUUAUUUAGAUGGUAGUGAUAAUAGGUUUUCCGGCGAACUUCCGUCGGUUUUUCCGGCGUCGUUGGUUCAAUUGGCCAUGAGGAAUAACAGCUUUGAAGGGGGGAUUCCCGGUAGUGUUGGGAAGUUGGUUAAUCUUCAAGUUGUGGAUCUGAGUCACAACCAAUUAGGUGGCUCUGUUCCGGCGGCUCUGUUUGAACAUCCUUCUUUGGAGCAACUUACGCUCUCUUUCAAUCGGUUUUCCGCCGUGGAAACCCCUGAUUCCAGCGGCACCCGGAGUGGGCUUAUCGCCGUCGAUUUGAGCGACAACGAAAUUACUGGGUUUCUACCGCCGUUCCUGGCGUUUAUGCCGAAGCUCUCUGCUUUAUCACUGGAGAACAACGACUUCACCGGAAUGAUUCCGGUUAUCUACGCGUUCAAAACCGCCGCGCCAAAUCCCGGCAUCUCGCCGCUCGAGAGGCUGUUGUUGGGCGGAAACUACUUGUUCGGGCCAAUCCCAGAGCCCUUGCGGCGGAUGAAACCCGACUCCGCCACCGUCCGACUCGGCGGGAACUGCCUAUUUCGGUGCCCAACAUUCUUGUUCUUCUGUGAAGGCGGCGAGCAAAAAUCCACCGCCGAGUGCCGGAGCGCCGGCCCGAUGAUCCCAUAAAAAAUACAAAAGCUCUGUUUUUUGGAAGGGAAUAGAAUUAUGUUCAUAAUAUGAGUAGUUUGUUCUUUUAGCUUAGCGUAGCUUAGCAAUGGCUUUUUGUUUCUUCCAUUGAUUAAUUGGGAAAUGAUUUGAAGUUGGCAUGACGACGAGGGUGCAUCAAAUAAGUGAAUGGGGAAUGGGAUUGAUCUUUUGAUUUUUUUUUUUUUUUUGUUUGUUUCUGAGAUUCUGACAGAUGAGUUUUAUAGGGCACGUGGGAUGGGCUCUGCCAAAACCACUGCCGUCCACGUGUUAACUCUCGCCAACGGAUCUAUUUUUCCUUAAAUGGAAAGGACUUUCCUUCAGCCUUCAGGGAUUUUUAUAACAUAUAUAAUAAUAU